AUGCUGUCGUACGUCAUCGGCUUCAUAGCCUUCCUCGUGGUCUUUUCAAACCCCAUCAGCGAGUUCCUGUACCCCGGCAGCACCGGCCGUCGCGAUGCUGCUUACUCGAGACCACAGCUCAAUGAGUCGCUGCUUGCGAUAGAUGUGCCUAAUGCGACUGUCCCUGUGUGUGAGGCGGAUUCAUAUGUGGCUCGCAUCUUGCACAGGGAGCCUCUUGUCGUGUACCUGGAGGGAUUCUUGAGUGAGGAGGAGAGGAAGCAUCUGUUGGAGAUUAGCGAACCCAUCUUUGAACCCUCAACCAUCACCAAUGACGGCGAAGCCACACACCGCGACUCGUCUGUUCGCGACUCAUCCGUAGCCGUCAUCCCUCGCACCGACCCAGUCCGCUGCAUCGAGAACCGAGUCCGCUCCCUCCAGGGCUGGCGCUCCGAUAUGUGGAUCGAGCGCCUCCGGACGCAGCGGUACGGGCCCGGGGGUCACUACGGACACCACUUUGACUGGAGCUCCAACACCCGGGGCUGGGGCCGCGUGAGCAGCCUCAUGGCGUGGGUCGAUGGCUCCGGGAUCCGGGGCGGCGGCACCGAGUUCCCAGCGCUCCCGGUGCCCGCAAGUGAGGAGUGGUGCCGGUUCGUCGAGUGCGGGGGGAACAACACGGGCGCCGUGUUCAAGGUCGCCCCAGGGAAUGCCGUCUACUGGGAGAACUUUGCGGCUGACGGGCGAGGUUACGAUGAGACGUGGCAUGCUGGGUUGCCCGUGGAGGAGGGGACCAAGGUUGGGUUGAAUAUCUGGAGUUUUGGGCGUAUAUAG